AUUCCUGAUCAUUCAUGGUGAACCUCUUCAAAAGAGAGAAGUGGAGCUCUGUCUGAAGCUGAUUCUUUUAAGGUCUGUAGUGGAAGCAGGAGGACCAGGAGGAGGGGAGGGCAUCACAUGGGAAGCAGUCAGGCUGCAGUCACAUGGCUUGUGUUUGCAAGUUCAGUUAAAGCGGAGGAGGGGUUUGCACAGAAGUUUGUGUAAUAGGAACAACUGCGGCAUUUUUCAUGUGGCUUUUGAACAAGUUGAAACCCUGAAACGGGAAGCAGUGAAGUGUAACUUUUGACCAACAAAACAAAAGUAUGGAAAUGCCUGCAAUAAACUUAAAGGCCAUAGUGCUGGUACACUGGCUGCUCACUGUGUGGGGAAGCCUGGUUUUGCUUCCCCAGUCCUAUGCAUGGGGGAACUUCAGUGUUUUAGCAGUUGGAGUGUGGGCGAUAGCACAGAGGGACUCCAUUGAUGCUGUUCUCAUGUUUCUUACAGGAAUGGCUGUCACAAUAUUGACUGACAUUAUCCAUUUUGGGAUCAUUUAUCCGCUGACGAACAUCGUGGCAGUAGGGCGCUUCGCCGCAGGCAUGGCUAUCCUUAACCUGCUGAUUAAACCCCUUUCCUGCUUCUUUGUCUAUCAAAUGUACCGUGAACGAGGAGGAGAUUACAACGUCAACUUUGGUUUCCCUUCUGUAUCUCGAAACAGAGACACUUAUCAGUCCAUUGACCAGCAGGAUGAGUCUUCAAGUCCAACAAAUCCCUUCAAUCAGGCUCAGGACAGCAAACCAGGCGUCCGCACUUACUGAGCAAAGCACAUCAUUAAAUAUGCAAUCUGUUGUUCAUUUCUUGUUUUUUUGUUUGUUUUGUUUUUUUAAAUCAGCAUUACAGUCCUAAAAGAUUUAUUUUAAAGGCCACUGCAGGGCCACUGCGCUAGUACAAUAGAAAUAAUCUGUUUGGGUUUUAUAGUGAAACUGUUAUUUUUUAUUUUUUGUUUUUUUAUGUUAAGGCUUUGAAAGGUGGAAAUGAUUUCUACUGCUGUGGAACGGACAGAUGAUCACAUCGAGGAAACAAACUAUGGUUUGCUGUUAUGUUUAGGUACAAGUAGCUGAUUCUUUUAGCAGGAUGGUGUUAGAUCAAAUGUGAUGAAAAUAGUUCUUUUUAUAAAUGUGGCACUUACAGACAUCAAAACUGAAAUGUUUCUCUCUGUUGCAUAAAGAUUUCUGUGUAUACAUUUUGUUUCUUUAUAUGGCACAACAGAUCAAAAAAAUGCCCAUCCGUCAAACAUGUUUAUAUUAAUGGUCAGCUCUGGCUCAGGAGUCUUUUUUUUUUUUUUAAGUGUAUGUUGCACAGGUACUACAUGUAAAGUUAAAUUCAAGACAUGAUAACCAAUAUUGACGUUCCUUUUUUUUUUCCCCUUAUAGCUGAGUUAUAUGUUGGUGUCUUCACAGAUAGGCACAAUGUUUUUUGUGUAUGUUUAGUAACCAAGAAAAGACAGUAUUAGGGCUACUGUGAAAUUGACCAAACAAUAUCGGUGUGAUUAAUUAAUGGUUAAUUUCCUUGUUCCUUUACUUAUUCUCAACUUGCUGUCAUGAGAUGACGCUUCAUUUUAGAAUACCAAUUAGUAGUGGACCACAUACUUUGGAGUAUCUCAUUUAGGCUGAAAUGUCAAUUUGUGCACACCACAAAUAAUAAAUUAGGUGUCUAGUUAGGUGUACUCAAGAAAAAUAUUUUAUUUUAACUUAUUCAAAAUGUGUGUAUGCACCCUGGAUCAUUGUACACAAAUUGCGCAGCAGCUAAAUGGAAAAAACACUGUUGCAUCACUCUUUUUAUAGUUUUAGUUCUCUUCUGUGUCAUCAGUUCUCCUUUAGGAAAUCCUGAUGAUCUGUGCCUCAAAAUAGGGAUGUUGUAACUAUGCUGGUCAUGUUCAGGCGUGUGAAACUGUCCUCUACUAAACUGGGUCAUACCUUGCUUACAUGCUUUAUUUAAACAUAUCUCUAUACAGAAAGCAGCAGCAUCCAGGUGAAUAUACACUUAAUCACAUCAAUCCAACAUUAUCCAAGCACACAAUUAUGCAGCUUAAGUAUUAUUUUUAAAUGCUGGUAUAGCAGUCACAUUGCUGUGAAGAAAGGGUUUGCCCCCUCACAGAUUUCUUCUGUUUCAGCUGUUUUGUCACCCCUAAAUGUUUUAGAUAGUGAAACAAAAUUCAGGCAAGGAUAACAUAAGUAAAUAGAAUUUAAAGUUUUUAAUGAUGACCUCAUUAUGUGAAAUAAUGCAUUGAAUCCUGGACACUGACCCUAACCUAGACAGAUGACUGCAGUGCUUUAAAUACUGUUCUUGUUCUUGUUUUUAUGACCUGGAUGAAUCAUCAGUGUCCUCUUGGAGUAAUUUGUUUUGACCUGUUGCUCCGGACAGGGUUCACCACUGUUUCCUGUUAUCUUGAUUGGUAGACAAUUGCUUUCACUGUGGUUUGCUUCAUAAAACCUUUAAAAAGACUUAUUCCCCUUACCAAACUAAUAUGUCAGUGACUUUGCUUCUCAUCUGUACUUGAAUUCCUUUAGGUUGCAUGAGUAAUAUGUUGCUAUUUAAAUAUUUUGGCCUGCUUCAGUUUGUCAGACAGGUUCUAUUUAAGUGAUUUCUUGAUUCUACAGGUCAGUCCCAGGUAUAGUUGGUGGAAUUAAACUCAGCUUCCAAAAAAGUAUGGUUUUUCACAGUAAUUUUUUCCUUAAAUGUAAGUCAUAUACAAAUUGCUCAUCUGAUAUUAAAUUCUCAAACAUUUGUGUGACUAAGAAGCAAAAACAUAAAUCUGUAAGAAACUAGUAUUUUUUAAAGCCCUAUGCAAGAUUGUUCAGCCUUAGUUUGCAGAGGAUUCUGAACAAAAUUUACCUGCUGGAUUCUUUUCAACAUUGUAAAAACUGUUAAUUUAUUGCACCAUGAUUUGGGGGUUUCUAUAAUUGCUCAGACUUUAAAUAUUCUUAGAAUCAAUCAAACUUUGUUAAAAAUAUAUUUUGGCUUCUUUUUUCAGUUUUUGUUUAUAAGGUAACACAAAUAAAGACUUAUGAUGCA